AUGUGGGCAAAGUCUCUAAAUCUCUCUCUUGUUACUGGUUCCGCCGUGGCUGCUAGCGUGGUCAGCAAGCGCAGUCCGGAAACCUACAAUUUGUACGCUUAUGGUGAAAGUAUUGGAGGACUUCCAUUAUACUAUGCCGAUGUCUAUACUGGAUCCUCUGGUCCACUGGUAGGCAAUCCGGCAAAUUCAACCGGAUCUGAUUCUGGCAAAAACCUCAGCCCACCUUCAUUCUCGGACCAGCAGAUGUUUGUCCCUAGUACCGACUCAAGCAGCCACCAGGUUGGCCGUACCAGGAACGCAUCUUCAGAGGAAGUCACCUCAAAGUUUAUCUGGUACGGACAUUUCCUGCUAGUGGAAAUCGAUAACGGGGAAUAUACUUCCCUAUUCUAUACCAAAAAGAACAGUAACCAGGAGGGGGCUUAUUCCUUGCUAUGGAAUAUCACUGAAAAUGAAGACGAGGACACGGAGUAUUUUGUAGUCUCAAUGAGAUCGAUUGCCCCAUCAAAUUCCUGA